GGGUGACACAGGGUUAGAAGGUAUUUAAACACAAUAUGGCCCUGAGGGUGACAGUUUGGACUGAGAUUGUAGCAGCAAUGAGCUUGCGAACGGUCAUCCUGUUGAUCUACUGCUUGCUGGGCACUAGUCUAGCAAUGGAGUGCCGGGAAGUUCCAGGGAGACUGAAGCAGAUCGAUGCAGGGGUGGGCCAGGUUUUUGGGGUGAAUGAAAAUGACCGCAUCUACACCCUUUACGGGGGAACCUGGACCCAGCUACCUGGGGCCCUAAAGCAUGUUACCGUGGGGCCCUCUGGGGUCUGGGGGGUCAACAGAAACAACAAAAUUUACAAACUUGUGGGUGCUGACUGGGCUCUGGUGGGAGGCCUACUGAAGCAAGUGGAUGCAGGAGGAGACCAGUUUGUGGCGGGGGUCAACAUGAAUGAUAAUGUGUACUGCCUUGGACGGGACCCCACCAUCCGGUACAGGGGACCCGGCUCCCCUGCACCCUGGAAUAUGCUUCCCGGGCGCCUCAUGUACUACAGCUGUGGCCCCAAUGGCUGUUGGGGUGUCAAUUCAGCCCAGAACAUCUAUGUGAGGAAGGGGGUGACUCCAGCAGCGUGUAAGGGCAACACAGAUUGGCAGUUGAUUUCAGGGAAGUUGGUGAUGAUUGAAGUGGGGACUGACGGCAGUGUUUAUGGAGUCAAUGCUGGGGGAGAUGUAUACCGCAGAGAUGGGAUCACUGCCGCAAACCCAGCAGGAACGGCAUGGACUUUUCUCAGCAUGUGUGGCAAGUGCAAGCACGUGAGCUACGACCUGGGACGUCUGUGGCUCAUCACCAAAGAUGACAGGAUCAUGGAGUGUACCGUCUAAGAGCUUCAACACAUAAUCACCACAUUAUAACCAAAUAAAUCUUAUGCAUCCUUAUGAACCUUCCUACUGACAUUCUGAAAUUGACACAGUACCUUUUGCUUCACAUGGUAACACUGUUUCAGAUACAUCUUUUCCCACCCAGGAUGGUGCAACUGACAAAUGGAACAAAUGGAAUUUGUAACAACACUGUUCCAGCUGCCAAGGCUUGUUUUACACACCAUCCCUAAAAUUCCACCAAUAAAAUGUUUUGACAUGCA